UUGAUUUUUUUUUGUCGGUACGGAGAUUUAUGUAGCAAAAGAGGUGUAAACAGUGUUCAGUUCAUUUUUCUUUUCAGCUCUGAAAAUUUCAAAGUUGAACAAAUUUGGAGGGAUAAACCAAGGGCGGCAAACCAGUGCUAUAGCCGGCCCCUCUCCGUCAAUCGCCACCUCCGCCCUAUCAAUGUCCUUCACUUCCAGAUCUUCAAGGUCCUCCAUCUCGCCUUUCAGGUCGAGAAAGUCUUCGGAACCACCUGCCAAAGGCACCACUGCUCGCCCCACCAAGCCUCACUCACCGAAGCCACCUAUUUCUCCGUCGACUCCCUCGAUUUCCUCAACCAAACUCUCUGAACGUCCCAUUUCGGCCAAAAUCAAAGAAAAUGUGACUGUCACCGUGAGGCUUCGGCCCCUAAAUUCAAGGGAAAUCAGCAAAGGGGAUGAGAUAGCAUGGUUCGCUGACGGAGAUUAUUCACUACAGAAUGAGUUCAAUCCCGCCCUUGCUUACGGCUUCGACAGAGUGUUUGGACCAGCAACAACUACGCGCCAAGUUUAUGAUGUUGCAGCCCAUCAUGUGGUCAAUGGUGCUAUGGAAGGAAUUAAUGGCACAGUGUUUGCAUAUGGUGUGACAAGCAGUGGGAAGACUCAUACGAUGCAUGGUGAGCAAAAGUCACCUGGUAUUAUUCCAUUGGCUGUGAAGGAUGUGUUUGGAAUUAUACAAGAGACACCUGGAAGGGAGUUCCUACUUCGUGUAUCUUAUUUGGAGAUCUAUAAUGAGGUCAUAAAUGACUUGCUUAAUCCAACAGGACAGAAUCUAAGAAUACGAGAAGAUAACCAGGGAACUUAUGUUGAGGGAAUCAAGGAGGAAGUUGUCCUGUCACCUGCUCAUGCUCUUUCACUAAUAGCAUCUGGGGAAGCGCAUAGACAUGUGGGAUCGAAUAACUUCAACUUACUGAGUAGUCGUAGCCAUACUAUUUUUACCUUGAUGAUUGAAAGCAGUCCAUGUGGGGACAAUCAGGAAGAGGAUGUGACCUUGUCACAACUGCACUUAAUUGAUCUGGCAGGAUCUGAAAGUUCUAAGACAGAGACGACUGGAAUGAGAAGAAAAGAGGGCUCAUACAUAAACAAGAGCUUGCUUACUCUUGGCACAGUGAUAUCUAAACUUACAGAUGGUAAAGCUGCUCACAUUCCUUAUCGAGAUUCAAAGCUUACACGUCUCUUGCAAUCUUCCCUUAGUGGUCAUGGACGAGUUUCUCUUAUAUGCACUGUGACGCCUUCCUCAAGCAAUACAGAGGAAACACAUAAUACCCUCAAGUUUGCACAUCGUAGUAAGCAUGUGGAAAUAAAGGCUUCUCAGAAUAAGAUUAUUGAUGAGAAGUCACUUAUCAAGAAGUAUCAGAAGGAAAUUUCCAGUUUGAAAGAAGAGCUUCAGCAAUUAAAACGUGGUAUGGGCAUGGCACCAAACCAGGAGGAUCUGGUUAACAUGAAACUUCAGUUGGAAGCUGGACAGGUAAAAUUACAGUCAAGAUUGGAGGAGGAAGAACAGGCGAAAGCGGCUUUGAUGGGAAGGAUUCAAAGAUUGACAAAAUUGAUUUUGGUGUCCACCAAGAACACAAUGGCACCAAAUCUACCUGGAAAUUCAGACCACCGAAGGAGGCAUUCCUUUGGUGAAGAUGAACUAGUAUACUUGCCAGAGAAAAAACGGGGGAUCUUCAUUGAUGAUGAUGCUGGAAGCAUUGAUUCUGAGUUUUCAGGACAGGGGAAGGCUGAUCUUGAUGAGCUGGUCAAAGAUUACAGAAAGAAUAGAAGAAGAGGAAUGCUUGGAUGGUUUAAACUUAAAAAACCUGAUCAUUUGGCUGGCUUAUCACCAUAUACUGAUCUUGAAAGCUCUGCCAGUGGUUCACCUGCAUCCUCCAGAUCAUCAAACACAAGAAUCAUGCUUAGUGAUAUGAGGGAAGGAAUGAGAAAUUCAGUUGGAAGAAGAGGCGAUGAUGUGGCAGUUGGUGACUCACUUCCACAAAGAACACAAGCAGGUGAUUUGUUUAGUGCAACUGUUGGAGGUCGCCAUUUACCUCCGACGGGAACUACUAUUACUGACCAAAUGGACCUUCUUCGUGAGCAAGUGAAAAUGUUAUCUGGUGAGGUGGCACUUUGCACUAGUUCUCUCAAGAGGCUCUCUGAGCAAGCAGCUAAUAGACCUGACGAUUCGCAACUCCAGGAACAAAUGAAAAACUUGAAAUAUGAGAUUAGAGGGAAGAAAUUUCAGAUGCAUCUACUGGAGCAACGGAUGAUCAGUUCAGUUGAGAUGAACACACAUAAUUUAAAUAGCUUUGAGAUAUCUCAGGUUCCCUCCGAGCUUGUUACUCAACUAAAUGAAAAAAUAUUCGAACUUGAGAUAAAAACAGCAGAUAACAGGAUUCUUCAGGAGCAGCUACAAGCGAAGGUAUCUGAGAAUGCUGAAAUGCAACAAACCAUUCUUUUGCUAAGGCAACAGCUGGAGUCUGUGAUGUCAGAUAACAUUUUGAGUCCUCAACAACAAAGUACAGAUAGCAGAAGUGUCACACUUGAUCCAUGUUCUCAAGAGUCAUUUCAAAUGAAAAACAGUGGACGAGAUUGGGUUCACCAAAAUGAAGAAAAAUACAUGAAUGAAAGUACACCAACUAGUGUUAUGAGUUUAAACAAAGUAUUCUCCCAAGAUGAAUUCAUACAAGGCAGUAGUAGUGAUGUAUCUUUGAAUUCUCAGCUUCUUAUUCAGGCUGCAGAAAUUGAGACAUUGAAGAAAGAGAAAGUGCAAAUGAGUGAAGAAAAGGAUGGGCUUAUGAUUUGCAGCCAAAAACUAGCAGAUGAAGGUUCAUAUGCAAAAGAGCUGGCUGCAGCUGCAGCUGUUGAGCUCAGAAACUUAGCUGCAGAAGUAACAAAACUUUCCUACCAUAAUGCCAAACUCAAUGCUGACCUGGCAGCAACAAAAGAGGCCUUAUCUCAAAGAUCAACGUCAUUUCAUUCACGAAAAAAUAUCGAUACAUGUGUGAGAAAACCUGAAGAAGGUAAUGGUAAUGGUAAUGGUAUGCUUAUAGAGGAGUUGCAACAAGAGCUUAAUGCAAGACACCAAAGAGAAGCUUCUUUGAUUGGUGCACUUUCUGAAAGAGAUAAGUUAGAAAUUGAGCUGAGAAAGAGACUAGAUGCUGCAAAGCGACAUGAGGAAGAUUUGGAAACCGAGCUUGCUAAAAUGUGGGGACUUGUUGCAAAUUUACAAAAGUCUCAUACUUGUGAGCCCAAGGACAUCUUGUCUAAAAACAACAAAGUUAUUGAAGAUAAUGUAUUUUCUGGUCUUGAUGAGACAAGGUCACUGGAUCUGGAUGAAUUAAGAGUUUUGUAUCAUAAAGAAACACAAAGGUGCCGGGAACUCGACACUUAUGUUUCAAGAUUGAAGGGUGAUGAUAUUGCUGGUUUGGACAUUACUUCACUGGAGGAGCUACAAAACUUACAUGUUGAGGCAAUAACCAAAAUCUGCCAUGCAAAGGCAUUGUAUCGGUGAUUUGAUGAUGCUACAUUCAGUUGGAGGAAUUACAAAUAUAAAGAAAAAACGAUAAUGCGGGAUUUGUUUUGUAUUUCCUCAAAAUUUCCAUGUACUCAGUCAGCGAAUGUACAUUUGCCAGUACUAAAAAGUUACAUCUUGUAACAACUAAACAAACAUUAUGUAUUUACUGGCUAAAUAUAUAUAAUAUAUAUAACAUAUAUAAUAA